CCCUCUCCCCAACCACCAUGGCCGCUUCUGAUGACCAUGACCCGAAGGCGCUGCUGCAGGUAAGGGUGAGCGAUGAGGAUGGUGCGCUGGUGGACGCGCUCAACCGUCGAGCUGCUGUUUCUGCCGCCGCCCCCAGCUUCUUCGAGGGGUUCGCGCUCCACGGGAUCCGCGUGGAGAGCAUCCGCCCAGGCCACAUCCUCUGCUCCUUCACGGUCCCCGCACGCCUCACCUCCGGCAGCGAUCACAUAGCCCCCGGCGCCGUGGUGGCCCUGGUGGACGAGAUCGGCUCCGCCGCCUCCGUGUCCGACGGCCACCACCUCAAGGUCUCCGUCGACAUGUCCGUCAACUUCGUUGACCUCGACGCCGCCGCGCCCGGGGACGCCCUCCGCAUCACCGCCAGGGCGCUCGGCCACAAGGGCGCCUACUCCGGCACGCACGUCAUCGUCGCCAACGCCGCCACGGGGCUGGUGGUCGCCGAGGGGAGGCACUCGCUCUUCGGCAAGAUGAAGAUCAGGAGCAACAUCUGAAUUGGAGCAUGUGUGCACACAGUGCUGUGUUUGUUGUCGUGUGCUCUGCUUCUCGACUCCUUGUCAGGAAUGUAAUGGCAGCAGCUUGCUUCUUCAGU